AGAGAAAGUGUGAGGGAGAAAGAAAGAUAGAGCGACGAGAGCUCCCGGUGAACGUUUUCGGUCGAACGUAUCGCAAAUUUCUUGUCUUUGAAAGAAUCAUUUACUUAGUCACUUGGCGUUUAUAAAUCGUUGUUGUGUAAAAAAACAAAGAAAGAAAGAAAAGGAUAGGCAAAUAGAUAUUUGCAUAAUACACAUACACAGAGACAGACAGACAUAUGUAGAGAGAAAGAGAGAGAUUCCAAGUACGUGUAUGCAUACGUGCAUGUAUAAGUCGCGUCGGCUUUCGGCCGCGCUGCCUCCGACAAUCAUGUUCGACGAUCAGUACCAGCUGACUCGUUGGUCGGCACGGAACAUUUCGCGAGGAUGCGUCGCAUGUUCGAACAAUUCCGACGGCAAUAAUAGUAAUAAUUUGUACAACGAUAAAGAGGAAGAACAUUGCGAGGAAGAAAAGGAAAAGGAAGACAAAGAAAAAUUAGAAGAAGGAAGAAAAAGUGGUUUUAUACUAUUAUAGUCCUAUAUACGACACUUCCUUGCGUCGCCACCGACGUCGCUUCCUCCUCCUUCUCCUUGGGUACUUUGCUAGUCGCGCGCGAGUGCGCGCGCGCACAACCGACCAAACCUAACUCCCUUCCCAUUCUCUGACACUUUUUUCCGAUCGUACAGUACCAGACGAGAACUAUAUGCGACGUUCGUAAUAGAGAGAUAAAUGUAUAAAUCGACGAACUUUUUUUUUCUUACUUUUUUAUUAGUCCGAUGAUCCUCGACGAUAUCGUGAUUUUUAGUGUUUGCUUCGUCAUAUUUUCUGUUUCCCUCUCUCUUACACUCUCUCCCUCCCUCCCUCUCUCUCUCUCUCACUUUCCAUGUGCGUACAAGUGUGUAUUUCAAUCUUUUUAUCCCUAUAAUGUAUACUUACCUCUCGUAUCGUUCUCUUUGUACGGCGAAUGAACAACGAACGAACGAGCGAGCGAGCGAGAAAGAAAGAGAGAGAGAAAGAAUUUGUGUGUGAGUACGUGAUAUGCGCUGGUACAACACACACACACGGAUGUACACAUAGAACCAACUCAUUCUCUGAUUCGUGCUGUGCUUCGACGCACGACGACGCAUUCCCUUCUCAACCACGUGGGUUUCACAAUGCUCCCGCUCGAUGCGAACGUUGCGACAAAGAAGACUGGAAAUUCAUCCUCCAGAGGAGACAAUAUAGACGCAUUCUCGUGUCCUAAUGUUUUCAACGACGACGACGACGACGAUGACGAAGGGAAUAAUGUUCGAGCUAGAGCAGCAUAGACUGACGAAGAUGAUGAUAAACGAAUAAAUCGUUAGGCAGCUAUAAUGGGGUCGAAGAAGUACUUCAUCUUCAACAAGAAGCUUCUCUAAGUGCGCUCAAAUACGAUUAGAAAUUGUGGAAUAUCGAAGAAAUUGUUUCAGUGUUCGGAAAGGCGCCAAGAAGAGGGAGAGAGAGAGAGAGGGAGAGAGAGAGAGGGAGGGAGGGAAAGAAAGAGAUACUCUAAAUUCAUAAAGGAUUUUGAAUGUUGCUGACGAGAUCUCUGCGAUCCUAUUGGAAUAGAGUUGCACCGGUAGAAGUCGAUAGGCACCUUCCAGCGAGAGAACGAUUAGUUGUUCGCGACGAUAGAAGGAGAAAGAGAAAGAGAAGGAGAAGGAAGAGGAGGACGUUCGAGAGGAAGAGGAAGAAGGAGAGCAAAGCAAAGUUGAAAGCAUAUGUGUCUGUGUAAUAUGUAUGUGUAGAGAAAGAGAGAGAGGGGUGGGGGAGAAGCAAGAAACGGUGUUAGCGAGAGAUAGAGAGAAUCGUGGAGCUAGCAGAAGCAAAAGAACCAUCACCAGCAACGGCAGCAGCAGCAGCAGCAGCAGCAGCAGCAGCAGCAGCAGCAGCAGCAGUAGUAGUAGUAGCCUGGUGUCCAUGAGACAAGAAGAUGACAAGGAUGAAGCUAGUGCUCGUGCUACUCUGUGUCCUGGCGCCUCUGGCAAUCUGCCAACAACAAAAGAGAUGGUCGAUGGCUUGGAGCAAGCAUCGGGACAAAACAGCCAAGGGCAAGUACGAGCCAGAUUACGUCGCAAACAGGAGGACAAGUAGAAUCGAUGAAUUCUUUGAGGAUGAACACAAGUUCACUGUUUAUAGGAACAACAGGGCCAUCGAUUCUAACAGGCCGGUAGACACCACCGGUUCGAGCAAAAGCUAUCAAUAUUCCUCGCACUCAUCGAAAUCACGGGGAAAAUCUAGCGAGGAGAUGCGUGAGAACAGUCGAAGAACUAAAAACGUAACGAUAGGCGAUGGUAUAUGUCAGAGCAUUGACAUUAGAAACAAUGUUUACAACUUUGAUAUACUUGAAAAUUGUCACGUGAUCGAGGGCUUCCUACAGAUCGUUCUGAUCGAGAACAAUACCGAGGCCGACUUUCAAAAUCGUACAUUUCCGAAGCUACGAGAGAUCACCGGUUAUCUCCUACUCUAUCGCGUUUACGGAUUGAAGAGCCUGAACAAUCUCUUCCCGAAUCUCGAGACCAUCAGAGGGAAUAUACUGCUUACAGAUUAUGCAUUUAUGGUAUACGAAAUGCAGAACCUGCAGGAGAUCGGCUUAAGAAAACUGACGAAAAUCUCGAGGGGUGGGGUAAGGAUCGAGAAAAAUCCAGCCUUGUGUUACACCAAUACAUUAAAUUGGGACGCUAUCGUUACGGCCGGGGACAAUUUUAUCAAGGAUAAUAGCAAUGAAAGUUCGUGUCCAAGUUGCUCGCAAUGUCCCGACGGUUAUUGUUGGACGGCCCAACAUUGUCAAGUAACGAAUAAAACGAAGUGUCACCAUCAGUGCCUUGGAGAAUGUUACGGUAUAACGGAGAGCGAUUGCUACGUCUGUAAACAUUAUCGGCACGAAGGGAAAUGCGUCGAGAAUUGUCCGGAUCAUUUAUACGCCUAUAUAUCAAGGCGAUGUAUAACGAAGGCCGAAUGUCUGAAAAUUAAUCACUUACGGAAAAUAUCGAAAAUCGAGGACGAACAAAAAUGGCGACCCUUUAAUGGUUCCUGCCUAACGCAAUGUCCCGAGGGAUACGAGGAUCACAUCGACGAGAACAAGAUGAUAACCUGUCGAGUUUGCAAGGAUAGAUGUCGUAAGAUAGGAAAGAGUGCCAUCAUAAGGCACAUCUCGGACGCUCAAGUGUUUCGAGGGACGACGGUGGUAAACGGGGCUUUGGAAUUCCAAAUAAGAAACGGUAAUCCGAACAUCAUGCAAGAAUUAACCGAAGCUUUUGGCCUGAUCGAGGAGAUUACCGAAUAUCUCAAGGUGACUCACUCCUUUCCAAUCACGUCGUUGGGCUUCUUCAAAAAACUCAAGGUCAUCAAGGGCGAAAAAUUGGACAUAAACAAUGCGAGCUUAAUCGUAUUGGAUAAUCCAAAUCUUUCGAAUCUCUUUCCGCCGUCGCAGAAGAUCGAUAUACAAAACGGCAGAUUGUUCUUUCAUUACAAUCCAAAACUUUGUAUAUCAAAGAUCGAACAGCUUGGCCAAAUGGUAGGUAUAACGGACCUUAGCAAUCUCGAGGUACAACCGGAAUCAAAUGGGGAAAAGGUAGCAUGCAAUGUCGUCAACAUAAAUAUCACGGUCAAAGAAAAAGGCUCGAGUUACGUGAAUCUGAUUUGGGACAGUUACAAGCCACCUAAAGAACAGCAAUUAUUGAGCUAUCUGUUGAGUUACAUAGAGACCGAGAAUGAGAACAUCACUUACGAAGCUAACGCCUGCGGUAAUAAUACUUGGCAGAUCGUUGACGUUGACAUACCCAAUGGGAAUUCGUUGCUCCUGAAAACUGUAUCGAAACACAUUUCGGGUCUUAAGCCGUACACGAAAUAUGCCGUUUACGUGAAAACCUUUACAACGAGGAACGAAAGUUUUUCGAAUUCCUUCAUUAAUCCCGUUGGCCAAUCGGAGAUAAUAUUUUUCAGAACGAAAAGUGACAUACCUUCUAUGCCCACCGACGUUGUUUCUACUUCGAUAAGCGACACCGAGAUUAUGGUCAAAUGGAAUCCACCGGAGCAACCAAAUGGUCCCAUUGGUUAUUACAUGAUAUCCGGUUUGUUAAGACCGGAGGACGCGAAAUUUCUUUCCACUAGAGAUUACUGUAAAUACGGUCUUAUCGAUGAAUCCGAAGUCGAAGAAAUACAGGAAGUUACUGCUAAAGUACCGAUCGUUGGCCCGUCCUCUUGCUGUUCGAAGGACGAGUCGAUUAAACCACCAACGUCGAAAAAGUUCGAGAUACUUUGCGAUCAAAAUCUCAGGAUAAGUCACGUUUCCACCGGUUGGAAAGAUUAUUGCGUUUUCAACAGGUACAACUCAAUGAACGAAUCCGAAUAUGGAUUGAAAAACGAGCCGUUGGGUAUCGACGAGGAAACGUUCGUCUAUAACGUCAGCGCCAAGGAAAAUUCAUUUCAUUUGAAGAAUCUACGACACUUCUCCUUGUAUACCAUUUCCGUUGCUGCUUGCGGAGUCAAACUUCGGGACGAUUUACAGAUGUGCUCGUCCAUUCAAUAUACCAACGCGCGAACGAAGAGACGCGAAAAGGCCGACGACGUUGGGAACGUCAUAACACACAUAACCAACAAUUCGAUCGUCGAGAUUUCUUGGGAUACCGUUAGAAAUCCCAAUGCACUCACUCUGAGCUAUACGAUCGAGUAUACGAAUCUAGAUGUUAAAGAUGCGAAGAAAAGUACGGAGUGUAUACCGUACGUAGGACGUGGCGACGAACGUAAGACUCACGAGAUUAAAAACUUAAGCCCAGGUCAUUACAGUCUCCGGGUACGUUCGACCUCGUUAGCUGGCGAUGGUAAUUUCUCCGAGACGAUUUAUUUUUCCGUUGGACUCCUUAAUGAUAAUCCAGUAGUAUUAAUAUCAUUGCUGAUCUUUGGCUUCUUCAUCGUUUUCACCAUAAUUGGAUAUAUUUAUCUUAGAAAUCGUCAAAAGAAGAAGAAGCAAGAGAGAUUGAUAGCAAGCGUAAAUCCUGAUUACAUUGAGACAAAGUAUAUUAUCGACAGUUGGGAGGUACCUAGAGAAAGCGUUGAGAUAUUGGAAGAGCUUGGCCUUGGUAAUUUUGGAAUGGUGUGUCGUGGCCGUUUGGACAAUACCAUCGACGUAGCGAUAAAGACGAUCUCUGAGACGGCCAGCGAGCGCGAAAAGAACGAGUUCUUGAAUGAGGCCUCGGUUAUGAAAAAUUUCUCAACCUUUCACGUAAUUAAAUUGUUAGGAGUCGUUAGCAUUGGGAAUCCACCGUUCGUCGUAAUGGAACUAAUGGAGAAUGGAGAUUUGAAGACAUAUUUGCGACGUAUACGGGACACACAUUUCGUACCGAACGCAUCGAGAAUAAUAAGAAUGGCGGCUGAGAUAGCUGAUGGGAUGGCUUAUUUGGAAUCGAAGAAAUUCGUUCAUCGUGAUCUGGCCGCCAGAAAUUGCAUGGUCUCAAAGGAUUUGGUUUGCAAGAUUGGAGAUUUUGGCAUGGCCAGAGAUAUAUACGAGACCGAUUAUUAUAAAAUUGGUAAGAAGGGACUUUUGCCGAUAAGAUGGAUGGCACCGGAGAAUCUUUCGGACGGUGUUUUCACGUCAGACUCGGACGUUUGGUCGUUCGGUGUAGUACUCUAUGAGAUAUUAACGCUCGCUGAAAUACCAUAUCAAGGCUUUUCCAACGAGGAGGUAUUGAAUUACGUUUUGCACAAAGGUUCCCUCGGUAUACCAAGAAACUGUCCGGAAAAUAUUCAAAAGAUCAUGGAGAAGUGUUUCAAGUGGCGGCCGAACGAUCGUCCAACCUUCAUGGAGAUCGUCGCUGAAUUGGAACCUUUUCUGGGUCAGGACUUUUGUGAGAAAUCCUUUUAUCACUCCGAGGAGGGUGUCGAGAUACGUAAUCUAGGAAUUAAGAAGGUCUAUCAUCACGCUGCACCGAUACGUUUUCAUUGGGGCAACGAGACCGCUCGGUGGGUUCGAGAAUUCGAGGAUAACGUGACGCUUCUUGAUCAGACGAAGGCCGGCACCAGUCGAGGACGUAUAUUCAAGAAUGGCUUUCAACAGUUCGGUAACGUUACCAAUAUGGAGGAAGUUCCUCUCGAUCGAUGAAAUUUUUCUCGCGUUAAACUCGCGUCUUCUUUAUCGAAAGUAAAAUGGAAGUCGUCGUGUUGUCGUUUGGUCUCGCGCGUAGUAUCAAUAAUGGGAAAAAAACGCAAAUAAUAACGUACAAACAUACACUCAGGGCAAUAUGAGAGAUGGGAGGACUAAGAGGAAAAUAAAAGAAAAAAAGAAAAGAAAAGAAAAAAAAAGAAAAAGAAAAGAAAAAAAAAAGAGAGAAAAAAAUGCGUUAUAUACCGAAAAGACACAGGUAAGUACGAUCGUUUAAGUCGGAUUAUUUCCGUUCUCUUCCUCGGCGGGACCAGACGCGAUCCUCUUCUAAUUUCGUUGCGAAACGACGAAAGACUUAAUAGGACAAUUAAUUUAAUACUUAUUACCUUAGUUAUAAAGCAUAUCGUCUAUUCAUCUAUCUAUAUGGAAGUCACGGUUCAUGGAUCCCUUAUUUAAAAGGUAAUUUAGGAUCGAUUCAUCUUUAUCCGCGUUUCACUUUCCUCUAGCGCUACCAAAAGCUCGAAGCCUUUCGAUAUCGUUCAUUCCUAGGAAGCAAAGAGAGAGCUUAUAAUUAGCUUAGCGUUUUUCUAGAACUUGAAGAAAGAAUAUUUUAUUCGAUAUAUCAUCAAGUUUUACCACAGAGUUCCUUCUCGCAUAUAUACCGUUCUACAUGAGAUGCAUUAAUUCGUAGUUUUUAAAUUCUAUAUAUAUAUAUAUAUAUAUAUUACAUUAAAGUACAUAUAUAGUCGCACUAACGAUUCAAUUAAAUGCACUAAGCGACCGGAUACGAAUCGUAGAUCGUUUUGUCUGAAGUAGAAAAAGACGAUUUUCCAUAUACAUACAUACAUACAUAUACAUGUAUAUGUAUGUAUAUAUACGUAUAUAUAUAUAUGUAUAUAUGUAUAUGUAUAUUUAUAUUAAUACAUAUAUAUACAUAUAUAUAUAUAUAUAUAUAUAUAUAUAUAUAUAUAUAUAUAUAUAAUCAUUGCAAUAAGUAUGUCCGUGAUCCUUGCAAUAAUCAUGUAGAUAUCAUAGAACCGAAUAAUAGCCGAAUAAUAAUGAGAAAUUUAGAGACUUGAAAAUGCAAUCGGAGAAUUGCGAACAUGAAACAAAAUUUGUUAUUGUUCGUUAAAUUUCAUCGUAUUUUACGAUAAUCAAAUUCAUAGUCUCUAAUAUUAAGUAUACGUAUUGACGAAUUUAGAAAACUCGAAUGGACGAGCAAAGUAGAUGAUUUAAUCAAAAAUUGUUGCACGAAUAGUAUUCCAUGUUGAACUUCUACGUAUUUUUUUACAUCUCUGCAUCAAAAACUCACAGCAAUAAAUGAUUAAAAAGAAGAGAGAGAGAGAGAGGGAGAAGAGAAAAAAGAGUGAGUGUUGGUUACGUGUGUAUAAGUUUGUAUGAAAGAGAAAAAGGGAGAGAAAAUUGAACAAACGAAAGUAAUAGCUUACAAUUCUGCACGAAUCAAUCAAAUAGAAAUAUCAUCAAGCAAUACCAGAGCAAUUUCAUUUUAAAUUAAAUCGCAAAUAGCAAUAUAUCAAUAGCUCGAUAGAUUACAAUCGCGAUUGCGAAAGGAAAACAAAUGUCGAGGGGCGUGCCAAAAGAAAAAGGGAAAAAAAAAUAAAAAAAAAAAAAAAUAAAUAAAAAAAAAAAGUAAAAAAUAAAUAAAAAAGAAUAAAAAAAAGAAAAUUAAAAACUGUUGGUCGAGUUACACACAAUGGAUUUCGAACAUUGAAAAAUCCUAUUAAAAAAAAAAAAAGAAAAAAAAAAGAGAGAAAAAAAAAGAAAAAAAUAAUAAUAAAAAAAAAGGGAGAGAAAAAAUGCUUUUGCUUAUUCAUCGUUUUCUUAUCGCGUUUUUCAGGAAAUUCACGUAACACGAACGAACGAUUUGUUUAAUCGUCGAAACGCCCAUUAUACAUAUUUCUUGAUAGGCGUCACUGAAAUUUUGUUUUCAAGAAACGAUUAUUCGCAAUCGCCCUUUUUGUAUGUACAUACAUAGAUACAUACAUUAUUACAUACAUACAUAGAUACUUAUAAAAAAAGAAAGAUAGGGAGAAGACAAAUUUGCGGUAAGGUUAAUUCGUAAAUUAUGAGAUUGAAAGUACGCAUCUUGCCUUAUUUAGCAAGAGCUUAGAUCUAAAAUGAUCGCAUUACAUUCUUGCCUAUUUUCCGUAGUAAAUAUUGGAUUGUUCAAAAAAUUCGUCGGAUCUUUUUUCUUUUUUCCUCUUUAUUUAAUCACAACAUAUAAUAUAUCGAGCAUUGCAUUCGAAUUUUUGAAAUCAACAAAUUUGCGAACUUUUCGUACGGUCAUUAACUUUUUUUUCAUUCUUUUUUUCUUGUUUUCUUUUUUUUCUUUUUUUUUUUUUUUUUUUUUUUUUCGAGAACUUCUUUCUUCGAAUCUCAAAACGCCAUGUAUCCAAAGUUCCUUUUAUUUUGUUCUCUUUUCUAUCGUCAGUGUGUGCAUGUGUGUACAUAUAUAUAUAUAUAUAUAUAUAUAUAUAUAUAUAUAUAUAUAUAUACACCAAGCGUAUAAAGAUUAUCAC